AUGGCGGAGGCCUCCGCACCGCCUCUCGACAAUGCCAUUUGCCACAUCUGCCUGAAGCCCCUGGACCAAACUUCAGACACACCCUGUGGGCACACCUUCUGUCGGGCCUGUCUGUCAAGCUGCCUUCUCGAGAGCGACCUUUGCCCGGUGUGCCACGAGCCAUUCGUGCUACAGAAUGGUGAGAAACCCAGGCUGCUGGUGCAAAAAUUGCUGGACAGGUUGACUGUAACGUGCCCUGCCACGAAUGCCCUGACCGCUGCUGACUUGGAAGACCAUAACAAGAGUGGGCUACCAGAACCUGUCGUGGCGAUGGAGGACACCCCACUGCCACCCGUUACCUCAACAGAUCCAGGGCGUCAAUCUCCGCGACCGGACUUGUGCGCUUCGUGCGGCCACAGCCAUCAGCUGGAGGAGAACCACGAGUAUAUAUACAAAGACGAGGUGGACAACGACCUGAUGUGCCACAUCUGCCUGCAGCCGCUCAUCCGGCCACUAGACACGCCCUGCGGGCACACCUACUGUCAGGAGUGUCUCACCAACUUCCUGCUGGAAAGUGACUUCUGCCCAGUGUGCCGAGCAUCCCUCAUGUUGCAGAGCUGCAGGAAGCCGAGCCUGCUCGUGCAUAAGCUGCUGGACAAGCUGACGGUGGUUUGCCCCUUCAAGGAUCACUGCACUGAAGUCCUGGCCCGAGGGGACAUGGAGGAUCACAUCAAGUGCAGGUGUAAAGGCGCCUCUCACUAUGGACUGUCGGCGGAAAGAAAACGGCGCUCUCAGGAGGGCGAGUGCACCGACAGCACAUCAGAGCUCACCAUCGCCACGCUGCCAGGCGACGGGCCCACGUCCGCCGCCGUAGCCCUGCUGUCGGACGAGGCGGGUUUGGUCAACCCGGCCUUCGACGCUAGCAUGGAGGAACACAGCCAGUCUGGCAGUACCGGCAGUUUGGCAGCCCGCUGCGGCAGCAAGAAGAGUGAGUUGCGUAGCCGUUCUUUCCGAAAGCUCAACCGGGCAUUCAGUGUACUGCGGAGGACCAAGAGCGGCACCGCCUUCAACCAUGAGACAUCAGAGGAGCGGGACAACGCUAGGAAUUCCAGUGUGCCGCAAGGAGUGUUGGCUCUGCCGCAGCUGCAUCACCUGAUCCCCGACGGGGAAGUAACCAGUAUUAAAAUCACACGGGCGGAGCCGGCCGAGCCGCUCGCCAUCAGCGUGGUCGGUGGCAACGAGACGCCGCUUGUGCGCAUCCUUAUUCAGGACAUCUACAGGGAGGGGGUGAUCGCCCGAGACGGCCGCCUGCUGCCCGGGGAUGUCAUCCUCAAGGUGAAUGGCAUCGACAUCAGCAAUGUGUCCCACUGCUACGCGGUGGCCACCCUCAAGCAGCCAUGCCAGCUGCUGCGCCUCACCAUCCUCCGAGAGCAGCGCCACCGUUACCGCCACCCACAUGUGGCGGGCGUCGCCGGUGGCCACCCAUCCUACGGCCAACCCCAUCACCUACCCUUCCGGGAUGACAGUGUCCACGUGGUUUUGAGCAAAAGCGCACCCGACGAACAGCUGGGCAUCAAGCUGGUGCGCCGGCCCGAGGAGCCCGGUCUCUACAUCUUUGACCUGCUGGAGGGCGGGUUGGCGGCUCGAGACGGACAGCUGUGGGUCGGAGACCGCGUGCUAGCCAUUAACGGACACGAUUUGCGCUACGGAGCUCCCGAACAUGCUGCUCUGCUUAUACAGGCGAGCGAGGAGGGCGUCCACUUUGUUGUGUCCCGUCAGAUCUGCUUGCCAACGCCGGAUAUCCUCCAAGAAGCUCCAUGGGCCAUGGAUGGCCCCCCGCCAUAUUCCCCUGUGGACAUUGAGCAAACACUGCUGGACUCGUGCCAGAAGCCAGCCUGCUAUGAGAAGACGGUGACGCUCAGCAAGGAGCCGUACGACUCGCUGGGCAUGGCGGUGGCCGGCGGCAUGUCGAGUCGCGGGUGGGACCUUCCCAUCUACGUCACCAACGUGGACCCCGACGGAGUGGUGGGCCAGGAGGGCUCCAUACGUAAAGGCGACAUCCUACUCAACGUGAACGGCGUUGAUCUGACAGGGGUGACGCGGAGCGAGGCAGUAGCCAACCUGAAGAACACGUCAUCGCCCGUGGUGCUAAAAGUCCUGGAGAUGCGACCCCCCGAUGAGAGCCCUCCAGAGGGCGAGCCGCCGCCCUGCCUGUCGUCCUCGCCCGACGGAAGCGCCAAGAACACACCACCCAGUAACGACUACUCUCCACUGUGGGUGUCGUGGCUGCAGCUGCCCAGGCACCUGUACAGCUGCAAGGACAUCGUGCUGCGACGGAGCAUGUCGGGCAGCUUGGGCUUUAGCAUUGUGGGCGGCCAGGAGGAGGUCAACUGCAACCAGUGCUUUUUUAUACGCUCCAUUGUCAAGGGCACGCCGGCCUACAACGAUGGCGGGAUAAGGUGUGGGGACAUCUUACUGGAGGUGAACGGAAAGAGCACGUGGGGCAUGACCCACAUGGCGUUGGUACGUCUCCUCAAGGAGCUUCGGGGAAGGAUCACGUUGACCAUCGUGUCCUGGCCGGGAAGCCUGAUGUAG